UCUGCCUCUGAAAGUGCUGAGAUUACAGGCAUGAGCCACCAUGGCUGGCCCAUUUACUUAAUAUUUUAAUUGUCAGACACUUUAUGGUUUCUGGCACAAUAUUAAGGAGACAUGAUACAGAAAUGAUAGGGUGAAUUUUAGGGCAUCACAACAGAAAGAUUAUGGUAUAAGAAAAACAAUGAAAUUCCAACUACAUUUCUAUCAAAUGUUCUAAAAUAUAUAAAAUCUGUAUCUUUUGUGUUUUCUCCUGAUUUAUAUUCCAAAUUUGAUGUUACCCUUCUCUGCAGAAAUAAAGUGUCUGAAAGAAUGAAAAAACUGGAAGAAUUCUUUAGUAAGGCAUAAAAUACCCUUUCAAUCUUUGUAGCAUUCUAAGCCUUUUCAGUCACCUUUCCAAACUCUCAACAUGCCAUAUUCCCUGACUAGACCACAACUGUGUACAUUGAUCCCUUUAUUUUCUUCUCUCUGCCUGAGAUUUCUUUCAUUCCCCCUUCUCUGCCUGGUAUAUGAUUCCCAUUGUUUAAGGGCGCAGCUAAACUUUAUAAUUUUCCUAGCCCACUUUCUUUAUCGGUAUUCUGGAAAAAACAUUUAGAAAGAAGCUUGCACAAGACAACAUUCUGUAAUACACUGCUUAUUUUGACCAUGCCGAGUUCAAAAAUCUUAUCUUUUUAAGGAUCAAAUGGAGCCCACCAAGUUAUCUAUAUUUGACAGAAUUUAUGAAAACAAAAGGAUUUGUUGGAGAAAGUUUGAAGCCUAACCCUGAAAUGUGGAUCGUAGUGUUUACUACACAUGAACUGGUUUAGUGGAUAUAAUGGUUAUUAUUACAGGCUGUGGAAACAACAGGGUUCAAAUAUUUUCACCACUUGCUAGACUGUGGCCUUAGGCAUGUUAUUUAAUGCCUGGAGGCCUCAAAUGUUAACUACAAAUGGUAAGAACUACCAUUCUUACAAAUGGUAAGAACUACUGGUAAGAACUACCCAGUAACAGCAUAAAUAGUAAAUUCAUUCAUUUAAUAUUUUCGAACAGUGCCAGACAUGUUUAAUGAACUGGUGAUAUAGUGGUAAACAAGACCUACGGUGUUCUUCAUUGUAUUCCCGACACCCUCCCUAUCGUAAAUACCGACAGCCUUCUUCAUUGUAUUCUCAACACCCUCCCUAUAGUAAAUAGAUCUGCGUGUGUUGCAUAGGUGCUUGGGGAAUAAAAAAUAAUAAGCAAAUAAUGAACAGGGUAAUUUCAAAAAGUGGAAAGAGCUAUUCAACAAAAAUACCUGCCUUUUAUUAGAUGAAACUCUCAACUCUAUGGUUUGCUCUUUCCUGUCAGUUCUGUUAAAUGCCGUCAGUCUGUGUUCCUUAUCACCCUGGCCAUGAUUUCUGUCUUUUCUGCUUGGUCUUGUAAACUCUAACCCAAGGCUCAUUCUCUGCCUGGCUAUCUGCCUUCUGUGGCUCUUUGCCACUACCUACAUUCUCUGUGAUGCACAGGGAAGGACGAUUCCCUGUGGACCAUAAAAUUCUCUUUUUGAAAGAAUUCAUUCUUGAUUGGGCCACAGCACAUCUUGUGAAACAGCAUUAGACAUUUGCCACUGCUCAACAGCUCUGGGGGAAAAUGUUGAUUGAGAAGCAUACAGUGGUUUUUUUGACUAACCAUGGUGCAACCUCCUCCCAGGGGAAACUUACGAGUAUUUCAGGGACAUAUGAUGGUCCAUUUAUGUCCCCAGUAUCUGACAUGAUGGGUGGUGUAGAGCAAGAGCUAACAGAUAAUGGCUAAAUUAAUUUUCUUUUUGAAUUUUAAUAUUCAACUUUUUAGGGUACCCAAUCUCCAUAUUUAGGAAAAUAAAUUACAUAAAAAGUAGAGAGUUUUUAUUGUGAAACUGCACCUCCACAUUCCCUGUGGUGCAGGAUGAGGGACCACAGGUGUUUGUCUGGGGAAACCAGGGCCCUCUGUGGUUCCAGAGGGUGAGGAUUAAGAGGAAGCCCUGGGUAGUGUUUAUGAGUAUCUCCUAACUUCUCUCUGGGACUCAAGAUCACUGAACUUUUGCCUAUUUUGAGAUCAUCUUUACAAUCCAGCCACUAACAGCUGAAGGAUAGGCUUGCCCUGGAGCCAUUGUAGUGGUUAGAUGAAGAUAAAAGAUAAAAAACUGUGAGGGGAGGUGUCACAGAAGAAACAGCCCAUGUGGGCAGAUUUUCAUUCAAUUCUUAGUCUUUAUUACAGCAAUUCUCCAGUGCUGCAACCUUAGAAAACGAUUCCUACAACACAGUGUAGGUACCCAUCAGCAGCAGAUUGGAUAAAGAAAAUGUGGUACAUACACACCAUGGAAUACUAUGCAGCCAUAAGAAAGAACAAAAUCAUGUCCUUUACAGCAACAUGAAUGCAGCUGGAAGCCAAUAACUUAAAUGAAUUAAGAAAAUUUUUACUACUGGAGAUGUCAACAAAGAUGGGAAGCUGGAUUUUGAAGAAUUUAUGAAGUACCUUAAAGACCAUGAGAAGAAAAUGAAGUUGGCAUUUAAGAGUUUAGACAAAAAUAAUGAUGGAAAAAUUGAGGCUUCAGAAAUUGUCCAGUCUCUCCAGACACUGGGUCUGACUAUUUCUGAACAACAAGCAGAGUUGAUUCUUCAAAGCAUUGAUGCUGAUGGGACAAUGACCGUGGACUGGAAUGAAUGGAGAGACUACUUCUUAUUUAAUCCUGUUACAGACAUUGAGGAAAUUAUCCGUUUCUGGAAACAUUCUACAGGAAUUGACAUAGGGGAUAGCUUAACUAUUCCAGAUGAAUUCACGGAAGAUGAAAAAAAAUCCGGACAAUGGUGGAGGCAGCUUUUGGCAGGAGGCAUUGCUGGUGCUGUCUCUCGAACAAGCACUGCCCCUUUGGACCGUCUGAAAAUCAUGAUGCAGGUUCAUGGUUCAAAAUCAGACAAAAUGAACAUAUUUGGUGGCUUUCGACAGAUGGUAAAAGAGGGAGGGAUGCGCUCCCUUUGGAGGGGAAAUGGUACAAACGUCAUCAAAAUUGCUCCUGAGACAGCUGUUAAGUUCUGGGCAUAUGAACAGUACAAGAAGUUACUUACUGAAGAAGGACAAAAAAUCGGAACAUUUGAGAGAUUUAUUUCUGGUUCCAUGGCUGGAGCAACUGCACAGACUUUUAUAUAUCCAAUGGAGGUUAUGAAAACCAGGCUGGCUGUAGGCAAAACUGGGCAAUACUCCGGAAUAUAUGAUUGUGCCAAGAAGAUUUUGAAACAUGAAGGCUUGGGAGCUUUUUACAAAGGUUAUGUUCCCAAUUUAUUAGGUAUCAUACCUUAUGCAGGCAUAGAUCUUGCUGUGUAUGAGCUCUUGAAGUCCUAUUGGCUGGAUAAUUUUGCAAAAGACUCUGUGAACCCUGGAGUCAUGGUGUUGCUGGGAUGCGGUGCCUUAUCCAGCACCUGUGGUCAGCUGGCCAGCUACCCAUUGGCUUUGGUGAGAACUCGCAUGCAGGCUCAAGCCAUGUUAGAAGGCUCCCCACAGCUGAACAUGGUUGGCCUCUUUCGACGAAUCAUUUCCAAAGAAGGAAUACCAGGACUUUACAGAGGCAUCACCCCAAACUUCAUGAAGGUGCUCCCUGCUGUAGGCAUCAGUUAUGUGGUUUAUGAAAAUAUGAAGCAAACUUUAGGAGUAACCCAGAAAUGAUGUUGCAUUUUUUUGCUUUAGCAUGAUAAUUGAAACUUUCAACAAUCCUUGGAGUGACUUUUUCUCCUCGAAUUGAAACAAGUCUAUGGCAAAAGAAGCUGCAUUUUUUUCACAAAAGGGAAGACGACAACAAUGGUCACUUCAAACUUUUGGGCUCAAUUAUAUGUACACAGAAAUGUUAAAAAUCAUAGUUUUAAUGUGUUUUGAAAAGGCCACACAAUUUUACUUUGUCUUUUCUUAAUAAUCCUGCAAAUCUCUGCCCUGAAUCCAAAAUCUGAAAAUGUACUUGUUUGAACAAAAUUUGUUUUGUGUGGUAGAGUUAUAAAUCAUUAAUCUUUAUUUCGGGUGGUUCAUGUUUAUGCCAGUUCCUUUAUACUUAAAUGUCUUGUUUUAUAUAUUUUGAAUGUCUUUAUGGAUUUCUUUAAAUUUCCUUGUAGAAGAACCAUUAAUAGAAAAUCAUUACAUUUAAAAAAUAUACCUUACAGCAAAAGCAUCCAAAGAAGUGUAGGGUUUAUGUCCUUAUUUUUCUCUCAGCUGAAUAGGAGUGAACACAGUGGUAGAAUUUCUAAAGAGAAGUGAUGAAAUUAUAUUUAUUUCAGUGGGCACUUUUCCAUUUUAUAUGUACCGUUAUUUGGUUCCUGGAGUUAUACACUAAUUUUCAGUGUAUUACUGUUAAAUUAUCAACACAAGACAACUUAUUUGAAAGAUUCUGUUUAUUCUGCCAUUGCUUUGAAAAGCAGCAAGAAAUGAAAUCCUUUGACUUAUAUCAGCUUCUGAAGAGCAUCUUUGUUUUCCUUUGUCCUUUGUUUCCUACAUUUUGAAUCAGAUUCCAUUUUAGUCAGGAAGACUUCCUGGGACCGAUCUUAGUAACCUGAAAUUUCUUUUGUAAUUGCAUGAAGUGGGUUGAUCGUGAGCAAAUGACGUGCUUAUUUCUCCCUCAUUGUUGAAUAUCUUUGAACUUGCUGUUCUCAAUUUGGGCAGCACAAAGGUGAGAGAUACAUAUUAAUAGUAGUAUGUAUUACUCUUAUACAUUAGAUACCUAUUUUUAAAUGAAAGGCCCAAUUUGUAAACGUAUGCGUUCAUAUUUUCUCUUGCCCCAAGUUUUAGGAACAUGUUAUGAUAUAGGAGACUUAAUUUAUAAUAAUGAGAGCAUUUUUUUUUUUAUUUUACUAAAACCAUUUUUGUAGUCAACUAUCUUUUCUUAUUUGUGUGAUUGGAACAUAGAAAAAUAUUUACUAGUUGAAGUUAUUAUCAGUUUUUAAUUUAGUUCUUAAACUCAUUUGACUUCUAAUAAUUUCUGUUAUAAAUUGCCAGCAUUUUAAUGAAAAUCUAAUGAUGUAAUAGGCAUUUUCUUUAUUUGAACCUACCUCUUUUAUUUUCUGAACCAAAGAGAAAGAUGGACUGGUGUUUGUGAAACAUUUUUUAAAAUGUAAUUUCAUUUAUAUUAGUUAUGUUUGAUAAGUAUCUUAGUAUUUUUAUAAUAUGAUAAGCCUGGGAUUCUACUUUAAGGGUUAUUUGUACUUUUGAGUAAUAUAUAAAGUAACAAUAUUAAGGUACAUGAUCAGCUCUAAUUUUACUCAUAAAAAUUAUGGAAAUGAAUAAUUUUGCUAACUUUUGAAAUUUCAAACUUCUGGAAAAUAUGAAAAUCUUCAUUGUUCAUUAUGAAUUUAAAUUGUUCCCUAUUUAACAUUUGUAAGGUAUGAAUGUGAUUUGUCUGUACAUCUUGUAUCUUUUCCAAAAAAUAAUUCUGUAUCUUUUGGAUAAAAGCCGAGAGUUGAAGAUAGUAUAUUUCUGACAGUACUGAAUAUUUACUUACAGUUUCUAUCAAAAAUAUAUAUUUGUUUCUAAAAUUACUUGUUUUCCAGUUUUUAUUAUUUCAGAGAAAAUUCUUAAGUCUCAGUUUCCUAAUUAAAAAAAAAUUGUAAAUAAAGCAAAAAGUGUGUCCUA